UGGCUCAAGCGUCCGUGAAGUGGGACACAUGACUUUGGUGGCCAUUUUGCCAUGGUGACGCCUAUAGGCGGUUUUCUACGGAGAUUGGCCAUCGCAUGGUUGCUUUGGGAUGUAUUUCCAGUUUCGCAAGGCGGCGAGCACGCAUUGAUAAGGUCUGCAUUUGCCAAGAAAAUCGCAGGACCCGUGCGGUUGGCUGGGCCCAAAAAGGAGAACAAAUGGCGGUAUUUGAGCAAAUUUGGAUAUGACAUCGGUACUGGUUCUUUCGACUUUCGCUUCCAACUGGCUGCGCCAAAGAGCAUCCCCGAAGCUGCGGUGAUCCAGCUAGAAGUCUAUUUGGACGAGCAUUGGGCUGAAGCUGAGCUGGAGCCUGUCCUUUGUGAUCGUCGAAAGCACGCAAAACAGGUUCGUAACAUCUCAAUUGGCCCGGGCUCCAACUGGACAGACUGGUCCAGUGGUACCUUGAGCCAGAGCGUCCGGCCUCACAUAUGGUAUUUCGUGCUCUCCGAUUGCCGGCAUACCCUUGCAAACUUCACGCAUCGGCUGAAGUUCGAAUUCCAUGCAAAGCAGGCGGAUGGAUCCGAAUUUAGCAUUGAGAUGAAGGGCAUGCUUCUUGCCAAUGUUCUUUUCUUGGCAUCCUUCGUAGUGAUGAUGCAUUGGUUCAUCAAGAGGACCUUGGCCUUUGCAAAAAGCGCAGGCUAUGUCCAUCCGGUCAUUUGGACUCUAGCGUGUGGAAUGAUCACGCAGCUUGUUGCACAGGCCUGUGAAGUCCUCUCCGAGAUCCUUUUCAUGCUAGCGCAGGUGAUUCAGACAUCCCUGCUGAUCUUGAUAGCGCUUGGUUACACUCUUCUCCAGUCCAAGAUUGGAGAACUAGAUUUAAUGAUCCCAAUGUGCUUCAUGAUUGGGGUCAUACACAUCAUGCUGGUUGGCUUUGGCAAGAUCAAGGACGAUGCAUCCUACAAGUAUCACGAAAAUGAAGGGGUGAUUGGCUGGAUCCUGCUGGUGAUGAGGUUGGGUCUCUAUGGCUGGUUCCUCUGGGCUGUCCAAUCAUCUGCUAGAGAGGGUGGCAUGAAGAUUGCAAACUUUUUGCAGCAGUUCAGAAUUGCAGGGUCGCUGUAUUUUCUUGCAUUUCCUGGCAUCUUUCUGGUUACUCAGCUCUUUGCUCCGUACCUGCAGCACUUUGUGAUGACCAUAGGUCAGAUGAUCAUGCAGACCGGCUUCAACCUGUGGCUUUCGUCUCUUUUUCUAACACGAGGGCAGUACUUCAAGGCUCUGGGCAGUUCAUGA